AUGACAUUACAUCCGCAAAAGGAAUCCGAUCUGGCUGUGCUGGAUCCGCGUGCCCCGACCGACACCUGUUUGCCCGGGUUGCACGCGUUCCGAGAACGCGUACGGAUCCGGUGUACGGCCGUGCACAGUCCGACUCGAACCAACAACGGACUGGUCGGUCUGAAUCGGGUCAGCUGUCAACCGAAUCACGGCUCGGAUCAGGCACUUGUACAACAAACUUUGCUCUACGAGGCACAAAUUGGUUAUCCGGCUCAGUCGUCCGGACUCCAAUCCAGUUGGACAGCCUCCUCCGACUUCGGCGUGGACGAGUGUGGACUGAAAGGCAAACAGCUGGAUGCGUGUGUUUACGUUCUCUGUCCAGGUGAGUUCCACGACUGCUACCGGUUAUACGAAGUGGGGUUGGGUUGCGAAUUGAGCAACUGA